GCCUGGUGGACAGGGCGGGGCGGGCUAGGCUCCGGUCCCUGGAGCCCCGCCCCCGCCAGGCCUCCCGGAGCUCGGCAAGCAUGUGCCGGGCUCCGCCCCGGACCGGGUCAGGUUGCGCGGGAAAUCUCCUAUUACUUCCACGGCGGCGCGCGAUGAUUGGCGCGCGCGGCCAAUAAAGGCGAGCGCGCGGGAUUCGCAGAAUUUCCGCAGCGGCUGUCGCGGAAGCUCAGGUCAGGCAAUCUCCCCGGAGGCACUAUGAGCUGCCUCACGCUGCCCAACGUGCUGCCCGGCUCCCCCUGCAAGACCCGGGGGCAGAUCCAGGUGAUUCUCGGACCUAUGUUCUCAGGAAAAAGCACUGAGCUCAUGAGACGCGUCCAGCGCUUCCAGAUUGCGCAGUACAAGUGCCUGGUGAUCAAAUAUGCCAAAGACACACGGUACAGCAAUGCGUUCUCCACCCAUGACAGGUGCACCAUGGAGGCGCUGCCCGCCUGCCAGCUCCGGGACACGACCCAGGAGGCCCUGGGGGUGGAUGUCAUAGGCAUUGACGAAGGGCAGUUUUUCCCUGACAUUGUGGAGUUCAGCGAGACCAUGGCCAACUUGGGGAAGACCGUGAUUGUGGCUGCCCUGGAUGGGACCUUCCAGAGGAAGGCUUUCGGAGCCAUCCUGAACCUGGUGCCGCUGGCCGAGAGCGUGGUAAAGCUGAACGCCGUGUGCAUGGAGUGCUUCCACGAGGCUGCCUACACCAAGCGGCUGGGCCUCGAAAAGGAGGUCGAGGUGAUUGGAGGAGCAGACAAAUACCAUGCCGUGUGCCGCCUCUGCUACUUCCAGAAGGCCUCGGAUCAGCAGGCUGGGCUGAGCAACAAGGAGAACUGCCCUGGGCUGGGGAAGCCAGGGGAGGUCAAGCUCGGAGAGGUGGCUGGGACCAGGAAGCCGCUGGCCCCUCAUCAGAUCCUGCAGUACAUCCCGGCCAACUGAGCCUGGGGCAGCCGGCGCCCCCUGGUGGACGCCUGUCCCCUGUCCCCCUUCCCCCCCAGCUACCUUUUCAAAGGAGGAAGUCCGGCCUGGGAGGCUUCACUGGCUGUGGGACUUCCUGAAUGUGCAGGGCCCGACAGGCUGGUGCCCUGCAGUCCUGUCGCCCUGCUGGCCUGCUGGCUGGCCUCUCUCAGUUCCCUUCCCGACUGCCGGUCCACUCACGACCCACUCUGGGCUGGAACCGGCCCUGCACUGUGGCUCAGGUUCUGGCCUUGGCAGACACCACUCCUUCUCCUUUAGGGUGAGGGGCCGGCCACACGCUGUUGUGACAUUGGUGCUACUCGCCUCCUCCCCCUUGUGGCUUUCACUGCUGAGUUUCUGUUCUCACUGGCAAGUCUGGCAUCAGCAGCUCCAGCUCAGCGCUGAGUCCCCAUCCACACAGGCUCCGUCCUUGGAAAAUGGCUGGCCUCAGGUCUCCUUACUUCCCUCUGGGAUGAAAGUCCUUCGUACUCUGGUGACCACUUUCUCCGGAAUGCCAGCUUCCUCCCCAUGGGCACUCAGGUCCUGCUGGGGCUCCGGACCCAGGCGUUUGUAAGAGAGUGUGAAAUUAAACUCACAUUAAAGUGGA